ACCCAGUGACAGAAUGUGUCACCUAGAUAUCUCAUGCAUCAUUCAUUGAUACAUACCAUGUCCGUUUUUGUCUCAUUCUAUUCUUCGACAAUGAAUAAAAGACUGGAGGUGGACUAGCUGAACUUGCCGUGACAAUGGAGAGUGUAACUGUUGCAAGGCCACCGGAAGUUUCAGCAGCCACUGCUGUUGGAUUACCCGUUGCUGGUCUCACAGCUCACCAGGCUCUUACACAACCUGGUGGGAUCAAGCUUGAUGGAAGUGGUCCGCAAGCAAACAUCCUGAUCACAGCUGCUUCAGGUGGUGAAGGUCUCUACGCGGUUCAGUUGGCAAAGCUCGGAAAUACUCAUAUUACAGCCACUUGUGGUGCCUGCAACAUUGAACUGGUCAAAAGCCUAGGGGCUGAUGAGGUUAUUGACUACAAGACCCCAGAAGGUGCAGCUCGUAGGAGUCCAUCUGGUCGAAAAUAUGAUGUUGUGAUCCAAUGUGCAACAGGCAUUCCUUGGUCAACUUUUGAGCCUAAUUUGAGUGCGAACAGUAAGGUAAUAGAUAUUACUCGCACCCUCAGCUCUCUGUUGCGCGUUGCACUGAAGAAAUUUACCUUUUCUAAGAAGCAACUGGUGCCACUGUUCUUAUCUCCCAAGGCUGAUAACCUUGAGUAUCUUACUAAGUUGGUGAAAGAAGGGAAGCUGAAGACUAUAAUUGACUCAAAGUAUCCCCUGGCCAAGGCGGAGGAUGCUUGGGCUAAGAUCAGCAAUGGCCAUGCUACCGGAAAGAUAAUUGUGGAGCCUUAGUUUUGGCCAUGCUAUGUUUUGAAUUGCAGUGUUAUGUAGUUAUAUGAGAAGUUUGUGACUAUG